AUGAGCGUCGGCCAUGGCUUCCAAGAAGACUGUGUAUCCGGCACUGGCACGAUUCAGGGUUACAUGAUCUUCGUCGACUUCAUCGACGCCGAGUCCCCAGCGUCGGAAUCCGCACAAGACCUCUACGAUCUCUUGGUCCCCGAAGCAGCAGAGUGGUACAGAAACGCCAGCUACGGCCAGCUCGAACUCAACAUCACCGCCGACGUAUCACGAUUCUACCGGAUGCCUAAAUCCGUCGCGUCAUACGGGUGGGAACAAGGUCUCAGCAGUGAACAGCAUCUGUCAUACAUCCAAGAUGCUCUCGAUGUGUAUAGAAGCCAAGGAAGAAACCCAAUGCCAGCCGCGCACGACGUUCUUUACAUCGCGACAACACGCAACAACGAUAGAAUGACACGGUCAAUGGGCACAGGCUUCAGCGUCACAGCUAGGAACGGGAAAUUCAUCUCAAAAAGAGCAGUCACGUUCGGAGCUGAUCCGUAUACUACGUGGGGCUACAAGGCGCUCAAUCACGAGACGGGCCAUGCCAUGUGUCUGCCCGACUACUACCCCAGCGCACCGGACCUGCCUACGGGGCACUACACCGGAGGAUGGAGCAUAAUGGGCAAUGUAGGCGGCGCAGCGCCCGAUUUCUUCGCAUGGGACAAGUGGCGGCUUGGAUGGUUGAAGGAUACUGCUAUCAAUUGCGUUACAAAGCGAGGCACUACCCAACAUACCCUCACCGCAGUUGAGAUCGAAGGCGGCGUCAAAGCAGUUAUCAUUGCAGCGAGUCAAACCUCUGCCAUCGUCGCUGAAGCGCGUGUUGCAAAAGGCGUCGAUGGGAACAUCUGCGCGCCGGGUGUUCUGUUGUAUAGCGUCGACACGACUGUUACCACGUCGGCGGGUUCGAUCAAGGUCUUGGAUGCGACCCCUGGAUCGAACGGUUGUGGGGAGAACGGAGAGCUGGAACCUUUGAAUGAUGCUACUCUGUCCAUGAAGGGGAAGAAGUCAUUCGAGGUUUCUGAGUGGGGAGUCAAGGUUACUUUGGUGGAGGAGAAGAAUGGCCAGUUCAAGAUUGAAGUGGAGUAUUCUUAA